CCUUUUCCGAACUUUACUUUACCUUCCCAGAUCUCUGACCAAUGACCAUGACCAUCCGUUUUCCACGUUUUCCUGGUUUCUGAUUGGUGAAUGACGGUUGAUGAUGAAGUGGCAUCAAAUGAAAACGAAGGCAAAAAAGCAACAGGCCGGACCAUGUCGAAAAAGGCCGACUGAUUACGAAAAUUUUUUUAUCAUCAAAAUUUUUUUCAAUGUCUCGAAGGGUUUCACAUUUGGAAAAAUUUGGAUUGAGAAUUUUUUGAAAUUCGAUCCAGAGAAACGUUCUCAAUUUGAAUUAGGUAUUCAAUCGCUUGACGUGAAAAUUUGUGCAACGACUUCGUGCAGAACAUAAAUUGUUUUGAAUUUUUUGGAUAACAAAGACAUCAUUAAACAUGUCUUUAGACACGUCUGAAUUCGCGCAGGAAGAAAAUACUAUUCAUUCCGAUUCUGCUCCAAUUCUUGAAACAACGAGCAUAUUUCUUCAAUGCCCCGACGAGGAAUCCUUGGCAAAUGAAAUAUUUCUCAGAUCUGAGCUCGAGGAAACAGAUGACGAUGUUAUUAUACCCACUUCAGAAGAAAAUAAGCUGGAGAAUGAUGAAUUCGAUAUCAACAUGUGUAAAAUGCCGGAACUGAAUUCCAUUGUGAAACUAAUGAGAAACAAUUUCAAAAAACUAUUGGAGUCUCCUCAGAACAGCGGAAUCAAAAAAGAACCCCCUAAGAAAUUGGUUUGUGAAGUUUGCAAAUUAAUUUUCAACGAUGAAACCAGCCUGAAAAAGCACGCUUCGACCCAUCCGAAAAAAUAUUUUUGCGUCAUUUGUAACGAAGUUUUCGACAGUCAGCCUCAUUUAGUAAAUCACGAACAGCAGCAUCUUGCAGAAAAAAGCAAAUUUUACUGUGCGAUCUGUCGAAGGUAUUUUUUCACGCGCGGGAAUCUAAAUCGUCAUAUAAAAACGCACGAAGAUAAACCAAUAACGUUUGCUUGUUUUGAAUGUAAUUUAGCUUUCGAAAACGAACAACUUCUGACGAAGCAUAAUAAAAUACAUUUAGUCGAAAAAUCAUAUACGUGUCACGAUUGCGGUAAAACAUUUUUCAGAAAGAAACACAUAAUACGUCAUGUCAUCGUGCAUCGAAAUCAAGUUCGACUCGCCUGUAAAUUUUGUCAAAAAACAUUCGUUCAUCAGAGCAGUCUAACGGUACACGAACGAUUACACGCUGAAGAAACCUUCACCUGUAAAUUUUGUUUUAGAGCUUUUUCUCUUCAAUCAAAUUUGAUUGUUCAUGAACUCCAGCACACAACCAACGCUCCAUUUCCUUGCCCGUAUUGUAAAAUAUCGUUCAUGGAAAAGAAAACCCUAAUCACUCACGUGAGGAAACAUCUCGGGGAAAAUCCUUACGUUUGUGACUGCUGCGAUAAAAGUUUCAUCCGCCAGGCUACCUUGAUCAAGCACCGAAAGCUUCACGAUAAAGAAAGACCGUAUAAAUGUCCAACAUGUGGCAAAUCGUUCGCUACAAAUGAUACGUUGAUACCUCAUCUGCGAGUUCACAUGAAAAACAAGCCUUACGCUUGUAUUCGUUGCGACAGAAGAUUCAAAUUGAAGAAAACCCUCUUACGGCAUGCGUUAAUUCAUCCUCAAAAUCGAAAACCCAUAGAAAACGAAAAUCCAACUACACACAAUUGCACUCAAUGCGAUAAAACAUUUUACAAAGCUGCAUCGUUGGAAUCUCACAUGUUAAUUCACGCGCCCAAGAAAACCGAACAAUUUAUUUGCAGUUUAAAAACACGUUUUAAAUCAUUGCUGCAUUCUUACGAAGUGAAAAAAAUGAACGACGGUGGUUCCACGAGUAAUUUUGGAGUACCAGGUUCAUCGAUGGGCAACGAGACUGAUGAUUUUCCGACUGACACACUGUUAAUUCCACAAAUUAAAAUGGAAUCGGAAGGCCAUGUCGAUGAAGUGACCGCUGAAGAUGAAGUAUUUCUCGCUGACGAUGGAAAAGAAAAAAUUAUUUUAAUCAAGAACGAACCUGGCGUGAGUUAGCAAAACUUGAACAUCGUAUUCAAUAAGGAUUUUAAUCAAUCGUCAAUUAAAUAGUCGAAUUCACCGUGAAAAUAUGUACUAAUUCGGUAGUUAAUUUAUUUUGUAUUUUUGUAAAUACCUUCUUUUGAAAAAAGUUGUAAAAUAUAAUUUAAUUUAUUUGAGAAAAAAAAUGCCUCAAUCAGACUACAACUUUAAAUAUUUUUGAUAAAAACGGUUUCAUAAAUUAAUAAACAAUAAAUAGAAAGGUAACAAUUCAAUAAACAUAAUAUGAAAGCUAUUACAAAUAACACGUAUCUGGAAUACAAUGAAAGUACUACGAAUUGUUGGUUAAAUGGUAACUCUUAUCUCCAAAAA